CCUGAAUCUCCAGCUGUAAGACAAAGAGGUAGUAAAAACAGCCUCUGUCUGAGGGUACAGACAGUUUCCACAGAGUGACCAUGGCUGAGUACAAGCUAGAGGUGACAACAGGUGACAUGCAAUAUGCAGGAACAUGGGACAACAUAUAUGUCACCUUACUCGGAACUGAAGGGCAGAGUGAGAGAACUAAGUUGGACAACUUUGACUUUUCAACUGGGACAACAGGCAUCUACACCGUAAAAACCAGUUCAUCUCUGGGGAAACUUCUGCUGGUCAAGAUGGAGAAAGACCCUUUUUUGAUUCUCCCAGAAGAUGAGUGGUACUUCUCCAAAGUAGUGGUGACGACUCCAGAAGGAGAAGCCAUUCUUUUCCCCUGUUACAGAUGGAUCUCCAGGGGAGAACUGGUGGAGCUGAGGGGAGGGAAAGCCAUGAAGGGUUGUGAGGAGGACCAUCCCCUGUCUGAGCUCCCAGCAAAUGAAAUCGCCUACUCUAAAUCCAAAUCAACUGAACUAUAUAAUACGAAAUUAAUGAUUGGUCUUGAACUGAAGUUGAAGGGGCUGCUUGGAUCUACUGAAAAAUGGAAAAACUUUGAAGACAUGAAAAAAAUCCUCUGGCGCAAAAAGACGACAAUGUCAGAGUACGUUGCAGAGCACUGGAAGGAAGACGACUUUUAUGGAUCCCAGUUUCUGAACGGAGUCAACCCCAAUGUGAUCAAGCGCUGCUCAGAGCUUCCCCCAAACUUUCCAGUCACAGAGGAGAUGGUGAAGCCGUUCCUGGCAGAGGGAACCUCUCUGCAGAAGGAAAUGGAGAAAGGCAACAUAUUCCUCUGUGACAAGAAGAAGAUGGAUGGAAUACCCCCGAGAGCCAAGAAUGGUGAACCUCUGCAUGUGACACCUGGUUUCUGUUUGUUGUACUUAAACCAAGAAGACAAACUGAUGCCAAUAGCAAUACAGUUAGAACAGCAACCCUCUGAGCAGAACCCCAUCUUUCUGCCCAGUGACCCAGAGACUGACUGGCUGCUGGCCAAGAUGUUCAUCAAAAAUGCAGAUGUGAUGGAUCAAGUAGCAGGCCAGCACCUCAUGAACACUCACUUUCUGGCAGAGGUCUUUACUGUUGCCGCUCUCCGCAGUUUUUCUGUGAUUCAUCCCCUCUACAAGCUGCUGUUCCCACACUUCCGGUUCACUCUGUCCACAGGCAUUUCAAGCUGCAAAACUGUUUUGUCACCAGAGGGGAUUUUAAAUUUUGAGCUCAUGAGAAGGGCUCACUCUGAAACAACCUACAGCUCCCUCUGUCUGCCAGAGAACAUCACUGCACAAGGACUGGAGUCCAUACCCAACUUCUACUACAGAGAUGAUGGCCUGAAGCGGUGGAACAUCAUUAACAGCUUUGUGAAGGCAGUAGUGGAGUACUAUUAUCCCUCAGACAGUGAGGUGCUGAAAGACACUGAGCUGCAGGAAUGUAUCAGUGAGAUAUUCACACAUGGCUUCUUAGGAAACAAAGCUUCAGGUACUUAA